AUGAUUCUUCAAAAACUCGUUUGGGUCUUUUCGAUCUCUGCAAUUUGCUUCUUUGCUACGUCUAACGCAAUUCCAGUGUAUGUCAAAGUCGAAAAUAGCGGCGCUAAAGAUGGUGGUGAAGAACCCGAUGAAAUGAGUAAUGCGUCAUCAUCGUCUGUCGCUAAGAAGAACGUUGUGAUCACGAAGCGCUUUCGAUUCGUUAAUAAUUGUAUCCUAUUCACCAUAAAUCCCAUUGGGCUAAGGCACAAACAGGACACCGGAAACAGGGAAGAACGCUUUCACGGCCGAAACCGUAGCCACGAAGAGCUUUCAAUUCUCAGAUAUUUUACCCCGAUAGUACUUCGGAUACAACAACGACUCGGCAAAUAA